AUGGCUGAGAAUGAAGCUGCCUUCCGCAUCAGCUCCGGCACGAGCGCAAGCACCGACAGCACUCGAUCCUCCAUCACGGCGAAGCCCUCAACCCCGACCGCGGCCUCAUCCGAAGCUGCUUCGCACAACGGCCAAAUGUCUAACGCUGGCCCCUGCGCUUGUAGGAGCCUCUCACGAGAUGACGACCUCCAGAUCUCGCCCACCUCGACCGGCACCACGCGAAUGUCGCCCACGACGUCGAGAGAGAGCGGCCGCCGCUUGAGUGACCUCACCAACUACCGCCGCGACCUGGCCGUGCUCGAUCCCCCCCUGCGAGGCCAUCCCAACCCCGCCAACUAUGCCGCGAGCCUCGUCGACGAGUCGGCCGACAACAUGUCCAUCUUCUCGCAGUUCUCGUCCGGGCUGCACGGCAUGGGGUCUCGCACCGGCGCAAGCUCGUCGCUGGGCAUGCAAGACUCUCCCGAGCAGCUCUUCUACACAGACGGGCGGCGGCCAUCGGCUGCUAGUGUCACCACGACGGCUAGCAGUACUGGAUCCAAAGCUAGUGGUCCCCGUGGCGGCUUUCGCAAACUGCAGGGCUUUUUCGGCGAGGAGUUUCCUGGGCGCGACAGCUCCGAGAGCAGCCUCCCGAACUCUUAUAUGGGGAAGGACCAGCGAUCGCGCUCUUACAGUCAUACUCGCCCAACGCAUCGCGAUCGCAACUACUCUAAUGCCACCGAUCAUACAAGGGAUGCUUCGCCUGCCUCGUCACGGCCCAGGACCCCAGUUCCGGCCCCUGAAGUAGUGCCCUUUUUGUAUCAGGACAACACUGACAUUGCGCGGUAUGGAGAGGCGCCAGUAAGAGACAUCAUGACGGGCCCCGAUCGGGAACGAUACAUGUCGGAUGGCGCGCCUCAAGUGCCGCCGAAAUCCUCCCAGUCCUCACGCGCCGGCAUCGUUCACCUCCCCGGCCACCAUCACCGCCAUAACAAGAGUAUCGAUGAUCCAAGGAGCCUGCGGCCGAGCACCAGUCGGGAAGACUCUACGAGCAGUUCAUAUCCUCGCGAACGAGGGGGCAUGGCGGGGACGCUCUUCAGCAGCUCACGCUCCAGAGCCCAGAGCCCGACACCGAGCAUUGGUAGCGGACAGGCGCCCUACUCAAGGUCUGGAGUGCUCGAGGGACACGCUUCCCCUGGCCACCAUGGCAAGCUUGGCUUCAUGGGCCGGUUUCGAAGGCAUAAGGAUAAGGAUGACGGCAACGGCGGCGGCUCCAAGCUGAGAGACUUGCCCCAGUCUACCAGGUCUUUGCAGGCAAAGUCCUCCAAGACGGACUUGACGCGCCCCGAGCUGUCGCCAUCCGCAUUUCCUUCCACCUUUGUCCUCGGCUCUGGAGAGGUAUCCGAUGCUUCUGAAACCCGGUCCCUGGUGGCGCCCCGCGCAACGUUCAAGAACAACUUCCCGUUCUCCAAGAAUAAGCGACCCUCUCGGCCGAACGAUUGCGAUGAGAUCAUUGGCCCGACCGACCGUGCUGAUCCUGGACACAUGUACCACCUCGACACGAACUUGAACGAUAUGGAAGGUAUUCUGGCCAAGCCACCCCCAUUGACCCCCAUGGACACGUCCUUCGUGAACAUCGACCCUGACCCCAUCGAUUCGGCAGUUUCACCGCCGGUCAAGGGAGGAAGUUGGGAUGCCCCUGAUAGCUGGGCAGUCCGCCGAGGAACCGAGGACACUACGAUACAGCAGCCAGAACCGGAAGAACUCUCGAGCCCACCCCGACCCGAGGAGAAGCUGACGCCUUACUUUAUUCGCAUAUUCCGAUCGGACGGGACCUUUUCCACCCACUCCAUGGCUUUAGACGCCACCGUUGCCGAGGUCAUAUCUCAAGUGAUUAAGAAAACCUAUGUCGUUGACGGGCUCGAAAACUACCACAUCAUCAUGAAGAAGCAUGAUCUGAUCCGCGUCCUAACGCCGGGCGAGCGGCCAUUGCUCAUCCAGAAACGCCUCCUACAGCAGGUCGGCUACGAGGAAAAGGACAGGAUAGAGGAUUUGGGCCGAGAGGACAACGGCUACUUGUGCCGCUUCAUGUUCCUAUCUGCCCGAGAGAGUGAUUUCCACUCAAAGACGGCGGACCUGGGCAUCAAGGCCACGCAAAAGGUUAACUACGUCGAUCUUGCCGGUCGCAAUCUCGUCACCAUUCCCAUCUCCCUCUAUCUCAAGGCUAACGAUAUUAUAUCUCUUAAUCUCUCUCGUAACCUGUCUCUGGACGUACCGCGAGACUUUAUCCAGUCCUGCAAGAACCUCCGAGACAUUAAAUUUAAUAACAAUGAAGCAAGAAAACUACCGCUCAGCCUUGGUCGGGCCGCGAGGCUCACGUACUUGGACGCCUCGAACAACAGGUUGGAGCAACUGGACAAUGCUGAAUUAAACACACUCUCCGGACUGCUCAGAAUGAACCUGGCCAACAACCGCUUGACGCACUUGCCCCCUUACUUUGGUGCAUACCAAGCACUGAGGAGUUUGAAUAUUUCCUCCAACUUCUUGGAUGCCUUCCCGCCCUUCUUAUGCGACCUGCACAGUCUGGUCGACUUGGAUCUAAGCUUCAACUCGAUUGCUGAGCUGCCGGAGGAGAUUGGCCAGCUCAAGAGCCUGGAAAAACUACUCAUUACCAACAAUCAUCUUAGCGGCGGUGUCCCGGAAUCGUUCAGCGGCCUUAUUAGCCUGCGCGAGCUCGACAUCAAGUACAACUACAUCACUAAUAUCGACGUUAUAUCCGAACUCCCCAAGCUGGAGAUUUUGUAUGCCGCUCAUAAUCACAUCUCGGCCUUUGUUGGUAAAUUCGAGCGCAUUCGCCAACUCAAGCUUAACUCAAACCCACUCAACAAGUUUGAAAUCCAAGAGCCACUCCCAACUCUCAAGACUCUGAACCUUUCUCAAGGUCAGCUGGCGAGCAUCGACUCCGCAUUCGCCAACAUGCCGAAUCUGGAACGCCUCGUCCUCGACAAGAACCACUUCGUCUCGCUUCCGCCUCAGAUUGGUGCGCUGAGCCGUCUGGAGCAUUUCAGCAUUGCUCACAACUCCGUGAGCGAACUGCCGCCCCAGAUAGGCUGCCUAACAGAGCUGAGGGUCCUCGAUGUGCGGGACAACAACAUCUCUAAACUGCCCAUGGAAAUUUGGUGGGCUCACAAGCUUGAAACAUUCAAUGCCUCUUCAAACAUGCUGGAAAAUUUCCCCAAAUCCGCGUCAAGAGCCCCCAGACUACCCGGUGAAGAGCCGCAGGGGCCGCCUCCGACUUCAAAUGGCAAGGCGCUCCCCAUGGGGACGCUUUCCGCCACUGGCAGCUCUGAGGAAUUGGCUGAAGAGCGCCGGCCCAGCCAAGCGUCUAGCACCACUCUGCUGAGCGUGGGCCCGACGCCCAAUAUCCCAGGAGCAGACCGGAAGAGCUCUGUUGUGUCCGUCUAUGGAAAGGGAGGACGUAAGACGUCUGUCAUGUCUAGGGGCACGACACAGUCACAGAACACGGUCUCAACUUCGAAUCAGUCAUUGAGAAAGGACUCAGGCCUGUCGUCUAGAUUAACCAACACAUUUGCUGGAUCAUUGCGAAACCUGUAUCUUGCGGACAACCGACUGGAUGACGACGUGUUUGACCAGAUCACACUGCUCGCCGAGCUUAGGGUUCUCAAUUUGUCAUACAAUUGGGAGAUUAGCGACAUGCCUCAGAGAUCAAUGCAAAGCUGGCCGCAGCUAGUAGAGCUAUACCUUUCUGGAAAUGUGUUGACGAGCCUCCCGGCAGACGACUUGGAAGAAUCGAGUCUUCUCCAGACCCUGUAUAUCAAUGGCAACAAAUUCACCAACUUGCCGGCUGAUAUAUCAAGAGCGAAGAAGCUUGCAGUUUUGGACUGCGGAAAUAACCAGCUGAAGUACAACAUUGCCAACGUUCCAUACGACUGGAACUGGAACCUAAAUCCCAACUUGAGAUACCUCAACCUUUCGGGAAAUAAGCGACUGGAGAUUAAACAGACAGCAUGGGGCGGCAUCGAUGGCCCUGGAGCCGUGAACCGCGAGGAGUACACCGACUUUAACCGGCUUCUCAACCUGAGGAUACUAGGCCUGAUGGAUGUUACCCUGACCCAGCCCAGCAUACCAGAUCAAAGCGAAGACAGACGAGUUAGAACGUCCGGGUCGCUGGCAGGACAUUUACCAUAUGGUAUGGCUGAUACUCUGGGUAAGAACGAGCAUUUGUCCACGGUUGAUCUUGUCGUUCCACGGUUCAACUCUUCGGAAACGGAGAUGCUUUUGGGUCUCUUCGACGGCCAGGCCUUAUCCAACAGCGGAUCCAAGAUUGCCAAGUACCUCCAUGAAAAUUUUGGACACAUUUUUGCCCAGGAACUCAAAGCCUUGAAAACCCGCCAAAACGAAACGCCCGCCGAUGCGCUCCGAAGAGCCUUCUUGGCCCUCAACAAAGAUCUGGUGACCACCGCGACCCAGUAUUCGGAUGAUCGGAAGAAAAAGUCGCAUAGGGGUGUAUCUCAGCCGGUCAUUCUUAGUAGGGAAGAUCUCAAUUCCGGAGGAGUCGCCACCGUCCUAUACCUUCAAGGCACGGAACUGUACGUGGCAAACGUUGGCGAUGUUCAAGCCAUGGUUAUCAAAACAGACAGCAAACAUCACAUCCUGACCCGGAAGCACGACCCCGCAGAGCAGACAGAACGGUCAAGAAUUCGCGAAGCUGGCGGAUGGGUAUCACGCAAUGGCCGACUGAACGAUGUGCUACAGGUAUCUCGGGCCUUUGGAUAUGUUGAUUUGAUGCCUGCAGUACAGGCGGCACCGUAUGUGACCAGCAUGACUAUCCGAGAGAACGACGACAUCAUCGUCAUGGCUACAAGCGAGCUAUGGGAGUACCUCCCACCUGGUCUUAUCACAGAUAUUGCGCGAGCUGAGCGUCAGGAUCUCAUGCGCGCUGCGCAGAAGCUUCGCGAUAUCGCAAUGGCGUACGGAGCAUCAGGAAAGAUUAUGGUCAUGAUGAUUAGCGUCGUCGACCUGAAGAGAAGAGUGGAACGGUCUCGCCUUCAUCGGGGCGCGAGUAUGUCCCUGUACCCCUCGGGAGUCCCUGCGGAAGCCCCAUAUCUCCUUUCCACGAGGCGGGGACGAAAGGGCAAGGGAGAUGUCCUCGACUCUUCCCUCAACCGGCUCGAGGCGGAAAUCCCCGCCCCGACUGGCAACGUCUCCAUUGUCUUUACCGAUAUCAAGAAUUCUACGACUCUUUGGGAGAUGUAUCCCAAUGCCAUGCGAUCAGCAAUCAAGCUGCAUAAUGAGGUGAUGCGGCGACAACUACGCCGAAUAGGAGGAUACGAAGUCAAGACAGAAGGUGAUGCCUUUAUGGUGUCAUUCCCCACUGCGACUUCGGCUCUCCUCUGGUGCUUUGCCGUUCAGAUGGAGCUUCUCGACGUCCCUUGGCCUUCAGAGGUUCUCAAUUCAAUGUCUUGCCAGCCAAUCUUUGACAAAGAAAACGCACUGAUCUUCAAAGGACUGUCUGUUCGCAUGGGCAUUCACUACGGGGAUUGCGUGAGCGAAACAGACCCCGUCACCCGCCGCAUGGAUUACUUUGGACCCAUGGUUAACAAGGCAUCACGUAUUUCGGCUUGUGCCGAUGGCGGCCAGAUCACCGUGUCUUCAGACUUCAUCUCCGAAAUCCAGCGUUGUCUGGAGAAUUAUCAAGACACAGACCGGAAUACAUCAGCCGGAUCGGAAGCCUCUUUCGAAGAUGAGUCAAUCGCAACUGCUAUACGCAAGGAUUUGAGAUCUUUAACUUCCCAAGGAUUUGAAGUUAAAGAGAUGGGAGAAAAGAAGCUAAAGGGUUUAGAAAACCCUGAGGUUGUCUAUUCAUUGUACCCUCAUGCUCUCACUGGCCGCAUUGAAUAUCACCUACAACAUGAGCGUCAAGACAUGGGGGCUGACAGGCCUACUGCAGUUCUGAAUGGUGAGCUCGCCUUUGAUCCUGACACUAUCUGGUCAUUGUGGAGAGUCAGCUUGCGUCUUGAGAUGCUGUGCAGCACCUUGGAGGAAGUCAGGGGUCUGGGGCUUCAGCCCCCGGAGACGGAACUCUUGGAGCGUAUGAAGACCCGAGGAGGCGAAGUCACUGAGCGCUUCUUGAUCAAUUUUAUGGAACAUCAAGUAAGCAGAAUAGAGACUUGUGUGUCGACCCUGACGAUGCGCCAUCUCGCUAUUGGAGGCGGUGCCCUCCGAGAGCUUAAUCAACUUCGUGCCCCCAUGGCUGCGGUGUUUGAGCACUUCCUGAAACAGAAAGAAGAGUUGGAUCGGUACAAGCAAAAGUACGGUCCCAUCGAUGACGAUGAACCCAGCAACGGGGUGACUAUCAGGGGAGACAUUGAAGAUGGUGAAAGCGGUGAAGACGCGGAAGAUAGUGAAGAAGAUGGAAGUGACACUGAGCAAGAGUAAACCUUGUUCAGUUGUACAUUAUUAAGCCUGCCAUAAAGCGAAUGGCGGCUUCUCUCAUAACAUUGUUUAAGGCUUCCGGUGGAAUCCUUUCCUUCUUCUAUUAUCUCGAGCGGACAAGAACCAGGAGAGAGUAGGGCCGUCGAGGCUCUAGGAGUUUAAAAGAGGGUUUGAGUUCCCUUCUUUUUUCUUUUUUUCCCUUAUUGCAUUCUGGAUCAAUCAUGCUACAACGUGGUCGGAUGGAUUUAACAUAUGAGGCUUUGCGUUGGCGCAGUCUUUGGCGAAAGUUGUUUAUCGGGUGGAUUGGGGAUGUUUGAUGCGUGGGUGCAGUUUUUUAUUAUAUAUAUACCUUACAUAUAUUGUUACGAGUCGUUUUGUACAACCUCUGGUGGAAAGGGGGAUUGGUUCAAUGCAUCUACAGCACAGCAACUGGGCUUGCAAAGCGGUUUUAGGGGAUUGGUCUUAUUUUUUAUUUCUUUUUGCUUUUGUUGCAAGUAGUCACAGCAAUAUUCUUUUUUGCAUACGUGCAUUGAUUGGGGGGGAAACACAACCUGGCGUGAGAAGAAACAAGAGAAAAAAAAAACUUUGAGUGGAUCGAUUUGAUUUCUGG